AGCCGGGUCGCCAGCGCUCGGGUCCGCCUCUGACUGCGGCGCGGCGGGGCGAUGUGUGAUUACCAUGGCGAGGAGUCUCUGUCCGGGGGCCUGGCUAAGGAAACCCUAUUACCUCCAGGCUCGCUUCUCAUAUGUGCGAAUGAAAUAUCUUUUCUUUUCCUGGUUGGUGGUUUUUGUUGGAAGCUGGAUUAUAUAUGUGCAAUACUCUACCUAUACAGAACUAUGCAGAGGAAAGGACUGUAAGAAAAUAAUAUGUGACAAGUACAAGACUGGAAUUAUUGAUGGGCCCGCAUGUAGUAGCCUUUGUGUUACAGAAACUCUUUACUUUGGAAAAUGCUUAUCCACCAAGCCCAACAAUCAGAUGUAUUUAGGGAUUUGGGAUAAUCUACCAGGUGUUGUGAAAUGUCAAAUGGAACAAGCACUUCAUCUUGAUUUUGGAACUGAACUGGAACCAAGAAAAGAAAUAGUGCUAUUUGAUAAACCAACUAGGGGAACUACUGUACAGAAAUUCAAAGAAAUGGUCUACAGUCUCUUUAAAGCAAAGUUGGGUGACCAAGGAAACCUCUCUGAACUGGUUAACCUCGUCUUGACGGUGGCUGAUGGAGACAAAGAUGGCCAGGUUUCUUUGGGAGAAGCAAAGUCAGCAUGGGCGCUUCUUCAACUAAAUGAAUUUCUUCUCAUGGUGAUACUUCAAGACAAAGAACAUACCCCCAAAUUAAUGGGAUUCUGUGGUGAUCUCUAUGUGAUGGAAAGUGUUGAAUAUACCUCUCUUUAUGGAAUAAGCCUCCCAUGGGUCAUUGAACUUUUUAUUCCAUCUGGGUUCAGAAGAAGCAUGGAUCAGUUGUUCACACCAUCAUGGCCUAGAAAGGCUAAAAUAGCCAUAGGACUUCUAGAAUUUGUGGAAGAUGUUUUCCACGGCCCCUAUGGAAACUUCCUCAUGUGUGAUACUAGUGCCAAAAAUCUAGGAUAUAAUGAUAAGUAUGAUUUGAAAAUGGUCGACAUGAGAAAAAUUGUGCCAGAGACAAACCUCAAAGAACUUAUCAAGGAUCGUCACUGUGAGUCUGAUCUGGACUGUGUCUAUGGCACGGAUUGUCGAACUAGCUGUGAUCAGAGUACAAUGAGGUGUACUUCAGAAGUGAUACAACCAAACUUGGCAAAAGCCUGUCAGUUACUCAAAGACUACCUACUGCGUGGUGCUCCAAGUGAAAUUCGUGAAGAAUUAGAAAAGCAGCUCUAUUCUUGCAUUGCUCUCAAAGUCACAGCAAAUCAAAUGGAGAUGGAACAUUCUUUGAUACUAAAUAACCUAAAAACAUUACUGUGGAAGAAAAUUUCCUACACAAAUGACUCUUAGUUCGCACAUUGUGACCAUUGUAGGAAACUUAUCACUUCUAAACAAAAAUUUUGAGCAUUUUUAAAAAUGGCUUCUGAUUCAAAUCCCUGCCAGUUACACAAAACUUUUCCCUGGUUCUAAGAAGCCAUCAUCUUAAAAAUACAUGUUGAUUGCUUAAGUAAUGGCAGGAGGUAUAAUAAAGAAUCAACAGGUCCAAAAAGAUUUCAUUCUUCCCCUUUUAGAAGCCCUGGUACACUUCCUAAUACAUUCACUGUGUAACUGUUUUGACUGACUUAAAAUAAUGCUGUGAAAAGCCUCAUUCCAUAAACAUCAACAGUGAGACUAUUUUAUAGAUUUAUGUUAGCCAAAAUACCAUUGCUGGAAACAUUGUUUGCAUUGAAGCUGCUGUUUAAAAAAAUUUAUACAUAAAUUUACUAAUGUCUUAGCAUGGUAAAGUUUGCACAUUAACAAAUUAAGACUGCAAAGCAGGUAAAUUAAAAUUACUCCUUUAUAAACA